AUGUCGAGUUAUGUGAAAUUCAUGAAAGAGAUUUUAUCGAAGAAACGAAGGUUGGAAGACUUUGAGACAGUGGCACUUACUGAAGAGUGCAGUGCAAUUCUCCAAAGGAAACUUCCACAAAAGCUUCAAUAUUCGGGGAGUUUUACUAUCCCUUGUACUAUAGGGAAAUUUGAAUGCAAACAUGCUCUUUGUGAUCUUGGAGCAAGUAUCAAUCUAAUGCCGCUAUCUAUAUUUCGGAAGCUUGGUCUUGGUGAGACAAAGCCUACUACUAUUACUCUUCAGCUCGCGGAUCGAUCAAUCAAGCACCCAAGGGGAGUUAUUGAAGAUGUGCUAGUCAAGGUAGACAAGUUUAUUUUUCCAGCGGAUUUCAUUGUUCUAGACAUGGAGGAUACAACGGUUCCCAUUAUUCUUGGGAGACCAUUCUUGGCUACCGGGCAAGCCCUCAUUGAUGUGCAAAAAGGUGAGUUGAGGUUGAGAGUUCAAGGGGAAAAAGUGGUCUUUAAUGUAUUUAAGGCUAUGUCUUAUCCAAGAGCAAGUGAUAGUUGCUUUAAUGUUGAUGUGAUUGAUGAGGUGGUUUCGAAAAAAAAAAGGAUUACUAAUGAUCCUCUUGAAUUGGCUUUCGCGUUGGGUGAUGAUAAUGAAGCGGAGGAUUGGGAGACUCAUGAGUAUGUGAAAUGGAUCAAUUCUUAUGGUCCGUAUUACAAGAAGAAAUUUGAAGAAUUAGGGCAAGUGCCUGAGUGCCCCAUACCAUCUAUUGAGAAGCCUCCAGACCUUGAGUUGAAGUCUUAUCGGAGCAUCUUUAGGAAUUAUCCCUUCAACGGUUAUGCACUUCUUCUUAUGGAAGAAGAUAGCAAACCCUCUAUUGAAGCUCAAAGAAGGCAAAAUCCCUCUACGAAGGAUGUUGUUCAGAAGCAAGUAUUUAAUUGGUUGGAUGCUGGGAUGGUCUAUCCUAUUUCUGACAGUGCUUGGGUGAGCCUUGUUCAAGUGGUGCCUAAAAAGGGAGGAAUGACUGUGGUGAAAAAUGAGAACAAUGAACUCAUCCCUACUCGUACUGUGGCGGGAUGGAGGAUUUGUAUUGACUACCACAAACUGAAUAAGGCGAUGAGGAAGGACCACUUCCCACUGCCAUUUGUGGAUCAGAUGCUUGAUAGGCUUGCAGGCCAUAGUUAUUAUUGUUUCCUGGAUGGGUAUUCACGUUACCACCAAAUUGCCUUCGCUCCGGAGGAUCAAGAGAAGACAACAUUCACCUGCCCAUAUGGUACUUUUGCUUUCCGAUGGAUGCCUUUCGGUCUUUGUAAUGCACCAGCCACUUUUCAAAGGUGCAUGAUGGCUAUUUUUUCCGACAUGGUAGAGAAAAGUAUUGAAGUUUUUAUGGAUGACUUCUCAGUGUUCGGGUCUGAUUUUGAUGUAUGCUUGGAUCACCUAGAAGUAGUUCUUAAACGUUGUGAAGAAUCGAAUUUGGUACUUAAUUGGGAGAAGUGCCACUUUAUGGUGAAAUAA